AUGACAUACCGGGGCUCCUUGCCUUCGGGGCAGGCCUUCAGUGGCCAGCAGCACGUCCCCCAACCCUACCACGAUCCCUACGGCAAUAGCAAUGGCAAUGGCGGCGGGAGUGGGAAUGGCCAGAACCAAAACUACGCGAACGCUGCAUACGGCAGUCACGGCCAAGUUCAACCGAUUCACGGCAGUUACCACCAUCAACCGCCUGCCCAAGCUCCGGCUCCUAUCCUUCCUGCGCCUACGCCGAUGAAUAUGCAGGCGAACGGAUAUGGGCAGUUCCCUGCGUAUGGCGGCACCUUCCCGCAGCAGCAACAACAGCAGCAGCCGCAGUACCCCCACCAUCACCAACUCCAGCAGCCCUUUCCUCACGGGAAUACGAUGAACGUACAGUUUGCGCCUCCUCAUUCGCCCUUUGUUCAAACCACACACGCCUCUCGUUCUCCUGCGCUUGCGCCUGCACCGACACCGACACCGACGCCGCCAAUUUACGCUGAGUAUCAGCCAACGCAGCAGCCGCAGCAGCCGCAACAUCAACCGCAAUUUCAACCUCACUUCCAGCAACAGCCUCAGCCGCCGCCUCAAACACCGCAGCAGCUGCAGCAGCUACAGCAACAGCGUAGCCCCCAAGUCUUUCCGGCGGUACCGCAAUAUGCGCAGUUCUCUCAGCCGCCCAUGGGUCAAUCUCAGGCCGUGCCAGUCCUGAAUCAGACUUUCGCAGAGCCUUCUCCAGUUCAACCGAGUCCCGAGCCUCACUUCACAAACUCGCCAACUGUACAGCCGGCACGAUCACCUAGCAUAGCUAGAAAGUCACCUGCGAUAUCCUCGAUGAACUCUCCGGCCAUAUCUUCUAGAGGCUCUCCCGCCUUAUCGACGAAAGCAAGGUCUUACGACACGACGACGAUCCUUGUUCACGUGGCAGAAGAGUGUUUCGAGAAGGCGCGCCGUGGUGUACAAAGAGUAGCGGUAUCUGGGUCAGACGAGCAACUACGCGAGUACCAAAAGUUGAUUACAACUGGUCUGGCAUGUCUCGAGGCUGCAUUCCAAAGCAAUCGUCUGUCUCCGAGACAAGAGGCGAAAGCAAGAUUGAGAUAUGCGUCUAUAUUGUGUGAUGAGACUGAGAAUCUUCAAGAGGCAGAAACAGCCUUGAGCAAGGGCAUCACUAUCUGUGACAAGCAUAGAUACGCCGAUCUCAAGUACUGUAUGCAAUAUCUUCUGCUUAAGGUACUUUUUCAGAGGAACCAGAAGGCAGCGUUCAUCGCCGUUGACAAAAACAUUGCGGACUGUCUCACGUUCAAACAUAUACACUGGGUUUACGCCUUUCGUCUAUUGAAGGCUACGUUCCAUGUCCAUGCGGGUAGUCCACCCGAUGCGGCAGUGCUGGACAACUUGCGCGCUCUUGCCGUUUUAGCGGGCGAGCGAGGGGAUAACGCCAUGGUUGUCUUCGCCUCCCUCUUGGAAGGCUUGUCGGUGCUGAGGAACAUGCGCCCUGACACCAUCGAACGAGUGCAAACUUGUCUGGCGCAAGCCACUAAGUUUCAACUGGAUCCCUCCGUUCAGAUUCCGCAGCUGGAUGUUUUGAUGCUGUUGCUCGACCUUGCGUGUAGCAUGCACCAGAAAACGCCCGAUAUCUUGAUUCACAAACUGAGAACACUUCAAGCAAAGCUUGAUGCAAACUUAGGAUCCCAAACCUGGACCGAUCUAAACCCCGAGAUCUUGAUCCCUGUCAAGAAGCACAACUCAACCUCGGCAACCCUCAGCGAUGAUACCUCUGCAAUCCUCCGAUCUGGGCCAGCAAACGGGCAACACGACUACAUUGUUAUGACUUUCCUGAACCGACUGGAGAUUAUAGUAUUGACCUAUACAUUCAGUGGUUUAGCCGGCAUGUAUCGCCCUGGUUCGGAUCCUAAGAGGAGUCACGAAUUCUGGAAGGAGGGAUUCGAUGUAUUGGCAAAAUGGAACAAGGAGAUAGCCCCCAGUGUUCCUGCAGCAUCCCUACGCGAGUCGAUGGAGCAGGCUAAAUGGAGGACCGAAAUCUUCUGUUACUUACAAGCUCUGACGGGGCUGUACUUUGCAACCCACAGUCAAUGGCCAAAAGUCGAACAGUGCGUGGCACAACUGCAGCAGGCUAUCACACCAGCUGUGAACGAAAUCUUUAGCGUAUUCUCACUAUACCUCUCCGGGGUCUAUCAUCAAGGCACCGGUGAUUUGGAGACUGCUCUAUUGUUGUUCGAAGACGAGAGGUUGGGUAUCGAUGCAGGCCGUGGGGGUUCAGGUGGCAGAAAACCUGCUAAGCUGGAGCUGUGCAUACUUGCUGCGCUGAACCGUAUCUGGAUCCUUCAAGAUUCAUCUUACCGCGACGAGAUGACAUCUACUGAGCUAUUGGACCAGUUGCGGCCGAUGUGUACGGAACACCAAGAUCCAGACAUCCGUACCGCCUUCAAUCUCGUACAGGCAACGGCUCAGACGAUGCCCCCGCCAUCUAUGCACCAAAUCAAAACGAGUAUAACGAACUCGUUGAAUGGGUCUCGGGUGACAGGUAACACGCACUGUCUGGCGAUAGCCCUCAGCAUCAUGCGGUCCAGACUGUUCGAUAAUGUAGUGGGCGAACAAGCUCUGAAAAGCGCAAGGGCAGCCUCGACACAGGCGAAGCGGAGUGGAAACUUGCUUUGGAUGAGUGUGGCGGACGGUAUGCUGGCGGAUUCUUUUGAAGUCCAAGCACUCUUUGCAGACGCCGAAGCAGCGCGGCAUACAGCCACGGACUAUGCGUCUCACGCAUUCACUGGGAAGGAGUAG